AUGUCCAGAUACGGCGUGAUGGAAUGCAACAAGAUAGUGCUGCGCUACAGCAGGCAGGGCGGCAGCAGCAAGGGCGUGCGGGAGUUCCUGCAGCUGGGCCUCGAGGCCUACCGGGAACGGUUCCCGGACGUGCCGAUCGAGACCAAGGAGGUCAAUCACAUGGCAGUGCAUCCGACGGCGUCCGCGGACUACCGGAACGGUCGCAAGCAGGUGAUCAGCCUGCGGAACAACUCGGUCGCCGAGGUGGUGCAGCACGUCUACUUCCUCAGGUCCACGUGGGGCAACCGCGUGCAGGGCGUCGGCGUCUCGCGGUCGUCCUUCUUCGCAGGCGUCAAGAAGCGCGUCCACAGCGAGAACAAGUCGAUCCAGGGGCAGUGGACGCCCGACACGUUCCAGGAGUGGCACCGGCCGUAG